AUGAGGCUCCUGCCGGGGGCAACCCCCGGCGUUAAAGGACAAGAGCGACACGUGGACGGCAGCUGCGUGACACCUCAAGUGAACAGUCGUGUGUUCUUGUAUGAUGUGCCACCAAAUCAAAGUUCUUCUGUCAAGCCUCCAUACAUUCCCAAACCCAAGCUGGAACGAAAUAUUGUUUUCGUGAGACUUCCUGGAGGUGGUCAAGGACCAGAACCCAUCGUGGUUCCUCCUCCGAGGAGAGAAACCAACUCUUCCUGGUGGAGUAGACCUCCAAACGGCGCUGAGUGCUGCCUGUUGGGUCAAGUUGUGGGAGGUGGUGGAAGUGGAGGAGGUGGUGGCAGUGGAAGCUCUGGUGGCGGUAUCGGAGGAGGAUUUGGAGGUGGCAUCGGAGGCAGCAGUGGAGGUGGCGUUGGAGGUAGUAUUGGCGGUGGAAAUGGAGGUGGUAUUGGUGCGGUUCUGGUGGGCAUCGGAAGUGGAUUUGGUGAAUUGGAGGCAGAAGUGGAGGUGGAUCCGGCAGUGGAAGCUACAAUCCCCCUAGUCCUUCCACCUUAUACGGUGGGCCAUAAUCAGCGGCCAAUUUAUAUUUAG